GUGAAACGUACUGGCCCAUCCUUUUCAAACGAACCCCUUCAUUCUUGAAGCUGCUCCUGACGUGAUUUACAUUCCCUUUUCAGCCCUCAUGGAUGACUCUCUAAAUACAGAUUAUGGUUUCCACGGAGGCAGUUUGGUAGACCAGGAGUUGCAAAUUGUGGAUUUGGAUUCAUUCAUUACAACUGGUUAUGAGUUGUCCUAUGAUCUGGAUGCACUAGGAGUGGACGACGUACCCGGAUUUCCAGAUGAUGGAAGAUUUUUAAAUGACCUAAUCCCGGACGAAUCCUUAUACUCGCGCUAUCUAAAUGGCCUUAUCACGUUUGAUGAACUAAUGCGCGAAAUGCAUCGAAAGGAAUCUUGCACACAACAGAGAACUAGGGGAUCCCGACGGGCUCAAGGAGCGGACGACAUUGGAGAUGAUGCUGAAGAGGAGGAGGAGGAAAUAUCGGAGAGUACGGAUGACAGUUCGGACCCGGAGUAUGUUCCCUCCAAAGAACAACGACGGAGAAAGGCCCGGAAGAAGAGAGCACCAAAGAACCGUUUAUCUGUCGAACUAGCCCAGUAUUUGGGAGAGGCCGAGCGGUUUUUGAACAACGACCAAUUCGAUGAAGCUGAGGAAAUUUGUCGGACAAUCAUCGCCUCAGCACCCAAUUCUUCUCCACCGUACGUGGUCCUGGCUGAAAUCUAUUAUCGUCGUGGAGACCACGAAAAAUCCACGGAGUAUAUGUUUGAGGCCGCACAAAGAAACCCGGGAGAUACCAGUCUUUGGUUAUCUCUGAUUGAUUUUGCCGAAGAGAAAAACGACCUGGCGUUGGCCAUGCACUACACAAAGUUGGCAUUGAGAGGUGAUCGCCAAAAUUCGGACAUACGUCGACGGUUGAUACAAUAUUAUGAACGUGCCGGACAAAGCCGGAGCGCGCUAAUGUUGCGCUUGUCUGCUCUUUCCGUUAAUCCGGAAUCGUCGGGUGAGAAACAGUUUCAGUUGGCUCGGUCACUCGCAGAUGAAUUCUUCAAACUCAUGGAUCGUCCCAGUUCUAUACGUGCAUAUGAGUCGGCAUUCGAGAAGUACCCGGACUCUGGAACAGAUGCUGACAAGAACACUACUUUGUCAAUGAUGCUACAGUUGCGCAAGUACGAAAACGCACUCAAGUUUCUUCUGCGCUAUUGCAACGUAUCCAUCACUACAGAGGCAGGCAAGCCUUUGCGAUGGGAUCGCUUGACGGAACAACUGAAGCACCCGAACAAAUAUACGAACCUUACCUUUCCGGAAACGACACCUCCUGAGCUCUAUAUGAAAUUGUUCCUAAUCCUGAUUCAUCUCAAGUUAUCAGCCAUUUGCAUUCCGUUUGUUCGCGCCAGUUUGACAGAAGAAAAUGCUGAGAAGUAUUUUGAUUGGCUGUUGGACAUAAUCAAAUCCUUCAGAACUUACGGUCUGCAUUCCGCAGCCGGUGAAAUGCUCCUCAAACUGACCAUACUGGAAAGCACCAAACAGAUGCCACUUGUUUGGACCAUGUUGGCCGAAGUGCAAGUGGAGCUGGGCCAAGUCGAAAAAGCCAUGUUGUCUUAUCGCCACGUCCUAGACACAUUGGCUCCAAGGCAUACUGAAGCUCGCGUUGCUCUUGGAGGCCUACUGAAAAGGGUCGGACGUCAUGAAGAAGCCCUUGAUCUGAUGGCACCCUCGAAUGUCAUAAGUGGACAAUCUUCCAGCCGACCGACCAAGAGACCUUCCAAAGUUCCAUCAUCUCUAUCAAAGUCGAGAAAUUCCAAUCGACCGAAUAAGCUUCGUGAGUCACAGAGGGGGACUAUGCCUUCUGAACCAUCUGAUACCUCAGAUCAGGAGCACCGGGAUCGUGAUGAUGACGACGAUUUUGCGGUUGAACAAGCGAAACGGGAUGCUAAGUGGCUGAAGACUUCGAGCGCCGUGUCGGACGCCAGUCUACUCUCCAAUGAUCCCGUCGCAUAUCGUAUUGCUUUCGAACGUUGCAAAAUGCUUGACCACCCAGACUCGGCACACCAGUUUAUGGAUGAGGCUUGGAAUGUUCUAUUCACUGACGUAGCUCGUCUUUGCGGACCAGACUGGGCUGAACUGGCUGUUAUCCUAGACAACUCUCGUCUGCGCGCUCGGCUGAUGUCCAGAUUGGGUACGAACGACCAUUCAUGUAAACUGGUAACCUCAAGAACACACGGUUUGAAGGAACGCAACGUCACAACAGCUGAUAUUUGGAGCCUUUACCUCCGGCUAAUUGGAAUGCUGAUGGCCGAAAUGCCCAACACACUGGCUCAUUUGGAGGCGGCGGCGAUUUGGGGUGGUCUGCUACCAGCCAUAUAUAACGAUGAGUCUCGCGGGCCGCCGCUAGCAACUUGCUCAUCAGCUCAUGUCUUGUUGGACACAAUGUGGUCACAUCAAAACCAAUAUUGGAACCUGAUGAAUAUUGCUAUCCUCUUGGCUCGUGAUUUCCGACAGUGUCGGUUGCUAGACCGGUUCAAUGAAGAUUGUCGUUAUCCACUUGGGAUUAUUUCCAACAAUGAUUGCAUCGUGCGUGGAUCCCAUCGUCUUGCCAUUGCCCGACUGAUCGGUUUGCGAGAGCAGUACCCUCAUGAUCCACUCAUUGCACUACUUUUGGGUGUCGGUUUUCUGGGUGUAUCACUACACAAACACAUUGCCUCACAUCAUCCACCAAUCCUCCAGGGACUGGGCUUUCUAAACGAAUACCGACGAAUUCGUGGUUACUGUCAAGAAGUGUACUAUAACAUCGCUCGUUUCUGUCAUCAAUUGAUGCUUUGUCACAUCGCUAUAGAAUACUAUGAGAAAGUUCUCAAAAUGGAACCUGUUGGUAAUACGGAAGAGGAAAAGGCGCUGACAGAUCUACGCUCGGAGGCCGCUUUUAACCUGGCUUUAAUUUAUCGAACAAACGGAAAUCGUGCAAUGGCCCACCAUCUAAUCCAGUCAUAUCUUGUUAUCUAACUAGUCGUCAACUUUUUUCACUUUCAGCAUCAAUUUGUACAUAUUUGUGUAUAAAUCCUCC